AUGCCAGUUCCACGUUUCUUUCAAGAUUUUAUCGAGAAAUACUUGAAUACAAGUAAACUAUCAUUAUUAAAUGAAAAUAGAGUUGGUAUCGAUGCAAUUCAAUGGUUAUUAAAGUUACAUCUCAAGGAACCAUUCCAAACUACUAUGGGUGGUUCACCACUUACAAUGAUCACUGUCAUUCAAGAGGAAUUGGAAAAGAUCAAAAAAUCAAAUAUUAAACCAUUCUUUGUAUUCCCUGGUUUGAGUAUUUUAAAGGAUCGUCCACAAGCUACAACUGCACGUGCACAGAAAUUAAGUAUUGCUUGGGAUGCCUAUUACAAAGGACAAUAUGAAUUUGCUGAAUCUCAAUUCUCUGAUUCUGAAAGAGUAUUAUUGGUACCAUUUAUUCAAUCGAUUAUAUCUUAUUUCAAACAACAAAAUAUAGAAUUCUUCAAGGCUCCAUUCUUCUUGUGGGCACAAUUGGCAUUGUUCUCUGAUCCAUCACAGAAAAAUUACCUCAAUGCCGUUUGGGGAGGUUACGAAUCAUUAUUGUUUGGUAUUCAUCGUUUGAUUGUCGAUAUUGAUUUUGACAAGGGUGUAUUUUUUUGGAUCGAUCUCAAGGCCAUCCUCAAUGAAUUGGCUUUGACUCAUGACCAAUUUGUCGAUGCUAUCCUUUUAUGCGGUUAUGAAUUUUGUCCAUUAUUCCCUCAUUUUAUUAAUAAUAAUUUUGGUCCUCAAUUAUUUAGAGUUGCAUGUGAUUUGGUAAGACAACAUCAAACUGGUAUUGCAGUGAUUCAAGAUCAUUUCCAUAUGUAUCCAUUGGAAAAGUAUAUGGAACAAUUUAUGAAAACAAAAUGUUUAUUAAGAAAUCAUAUGAUUUACACUCCAUCAUGUCACUGUGAACCACUUUAUAGAGAUUUAGCCUAUCAAGUUAAACCAACUGAUUUAAAUUCAAUAUUUGGACCAAAAUUACCAAAUGAUUUAUAUUUCUAUAUUUCACAAGGUGCAGUUAGUCCACAGGUAGUAAAUAAUUUGAUUAGUGGUAUUUUGAUUGAACCAUUCCCAACGGUGGAAUCUGAAGAGUUCCGUCGUAUGCUAGAGUAUCUCAAGGAUGUGCGUGCAAAGACAUUAGGGUUGCUCUCUGCAUGCCUCGGCGAUGACAUUCACAACAAGGUUGUCAAAAAUAUUCGUUGGUACGAACCAAAGGAUUUCGAAAUCCCACAUGCAACCAUCCUCAACUCCACCCCAUUUGGACGUGCCAACAACUCCAAGUCAAUUGUCAUUCCAAAUGAAAUUAAACAACAAUUGCAACAACAAACAAAAUCAAAUCUUCCAAUCACCUUUCAAUUUGUUGCUGCUUGUUCUUCAUCAAAUCCAUUAAUCAAUAAUAAUAAUAAUAAUAGCAACAGUAACAAUAAUAAUCAAGAACCUAUUGUACCUAUUAAAGAUUCACACGAAGCAAACUUUUAUAUUAUGUAUCAAUCCCUUUCGAUCAUGGGGUACAUUGGUAAUGAUGGAAAGCUAACAGCUUAUGGACGUGUAUUGGAACAAUUAAAGAAAUCAAAGUUCCAAGAAGAGAUUAUUUUAGCAAUCGAAUUAAUGAGAUCAAACUGUCUAUCUACUGAAAAAUUAACCUUUAUUCCAAAACCUUCAUUUGAGGGACCAUCAUCAAAUAAUACGACUGCUUUAUUAUCAAGAUUAUUAAGUCUUUUACCAUGCAAACUUGAUAAUACUCCAUGGUCAGGACCAAUAGAUCAUGAUUUGAUGGCAUUCCAUGAAAUUGCUCGUACACUUUACAAGACAUUAAGAAACUUGAUAGAGAUUACAGCCACUUCACACUUUUUAACUCAUAGAAUUGUUUUUGAACCAAAUGAAUAUUUCAACUUUUCGACCAAACUUCCAUUCUUUUUGCAAUCAAAUGCCAGUAUGGGCUUGAUGGUCAAGGGUACCAUGCUCGAAGGACUUGGUAUUGAAGACAUGAAGGAUAUCUUCCCCAAUUGUAUCGACAUUGAACACGAUCUUGAACGUGCCACCCAAUUUUUGGAGGAAAUCGUAUCAGUCUUGCCAAUCCUCGUCAAAGAAAAUCUUAUCGACAAGUCACUCCAUGAAAGUUUCAUCCAAGCUAAUGAAGCAUGGAAGAAAUGUCGUCUAGAUCAAAUUGAUAAUUAA